GAAUGUUGACAGUUGGUGAAGGAAACCCAAUAGGCUACGUCUAUUUCUCUGUUUCCUUUCCUUGUUUUCUUUCAGUGGCAGUCUCCUGCUGUCACUUCCCCAUAUUUUUAAAAGACUCCACUAAAUUCCAGCGAAGGAACUUCCCUUUAUUCUGCAGCAUCUUGUUUCGCCAGGAUCGUCUGCUUCAACCUCUGCAGCCUUUCUCUCUUCCGUCUUUUACAGGACUUGUACCGUCUGAAGGAUCAGUUCGUAUAUGGAAGCUAUGCCUUCAGCGAAAAAAGGCGGAAACAUCUUCGGAUCGAUAUUUCAUGUAUCUAGAUAUCGUUCUGCAGUCGUUGGAUUUGUGUGUGUGCCGCCAAUGCUGAUCAGAGAUACCAAAGUCGCAGACUACUGAUCCUGUAGGGAGCGCAGUAAAGGGGCGUGUCGGCUGUGAAAACGCGAAGUUAAACGCUCAGGUUGGAAUACAAUCGACGCACUACUGGAGACGCCAACUGCGGGUCUAAUGCUAUAGGAUCGUCCCUCUCAGAGACCCUUUGUUUCUUUAUGGAAGAAAUGAAAAGCCUUUCCAAGCGCUCGUCGAGGAAUCUUUUUCAAGGACCCAUUUUCAUUCAAGGCGUUCAGCUAAGUUGCGUUUUUGGAUAAAUUGCCGAUAAUGAAAGUGCCAUUGAUAAUUUGUUACAUAUGUUGUAGAUUGUGGCUGCCGGCCACCAAUUUUCAAUGUGUAUACCUAGUAAAUAAACGAGUUGAUCAUCAUAGGUCUGUUGUACAACUAUUAAUGCGUUAAAUAAGCCUUCCAUUGAUUUGACUUUUUUUAUCUUCUGUGGAAUCCUUUUUUUAACUCGUUAUCGCUGCUGAAGUGAAAGGGAAUAGCCUAAAGUAAUAGGGAAUUACCCCGUGGUAAGGCAAUACAGAGCUUCUUUAUUUUCUAUGUUUCACAAUUAUUGCACAUAUCAAAGGCAUCAAAUUAGUGCGGUAACGCCAUAAGCAUAUGUUGCAUUUAAAUUAAAUACUGAGUUUGGCCCAACAAUAGACUGAGUGUUAGAGCUUGUGUUUAUUUUAUUGGUAAUGUCUGACUGUGCAAAGUAUUGGCUCUGGUGACAGUCGGACGAGAGUCUUUUUUCGUGGAAGUUACCAAACUUGCAACUGUUAGGCCAACGACAUGACCAACACGGCUGAGGUCUACGACAGUCGUGACAUUGUGGAGAGAUUUCUCCACGAAAAACUCGAGGAUAAAGGCAUCACCUGGGAGUUCCACUUACCGAGUCAGCAUAGCGGGAUUACACUUCCAUCAUCUCCUUCAUCCACAACAUCAGCACCAUCAUCGUCACACGCUGGAAGCGUCAACCCACGCAGGAGGGUUUCGGCGUCCUCUAGCGGUGAAGAGGGGGGAUCCCCAGAAGACUCCCCCGUGGCCUGGCGGCCGCAGUACAGGGCCCCGUCCUGGGGCCGGAGGAGCCGGCCCCACCUGCAGGCGGUGCUGCAGCACCGGGGCUCGGAGCUCCGCCGCAUCUAUCAGCAGGACCUGUCCCAGGUGUCGGCUCACCUGCUCCGCCUCUCGGCCGGCGCGGCGAGGGCAAGCCUGCGCGCCAUCAGCGGCGAGCUGUUCGGGAACGGGGUGAACUGGGGCCGCGUGCUGACCAUGCUGGAGUUCGGAGCCACCCUGUGCGUGGACGGGGCCCUGGAGGGGGCCAGCUGGAGCGCUGAUGACGUGGCCGCCUGGUUGGUGGAGAGCCUCGACGGCCCCGUGCUCCGGGACUGGAUCAAAGACAACGGAGGAUGGGAUGCCUUUGUGGAGCAGUACGACCCCGCCAGGCCUCCAGAGGGCUGCUGGUCCGUGAGGAAGGUGGUGGGCCUGGUGGUCCUGGGAGCUGCUGGGAUCACACUAGGGGCCCUCUUCACCCAGAAAUAAGAGAGGCUCCAGUAUGACUGCACUCAAGUUCUCUCUACCCUCUCUGGCUACCUCUCUCUCUCUCUCUACCUCCAUCUCUCUUUCUAUUGUUAUUAUUUAUAUUUCUUUAUUGUAUUUUUCUCUCACUGUCUUUCCAUCUCUCUCUGUUUAGGUGUCUCUCUCCCUCUCUCGUCCUCCCUGUCUCUCUCUCCGUCUAUAUGUACUUCGGCCCCACUCUCUCUGCCUAUCUCUCUCUCUGUCUCUCCCUCUCUCCCUCCUCUCUCUGCAUUAAAGCAGCCUCGCCCAUCCCUGACAGAGGGGAGGGUGGAGGAGGAGGAGAGGCGCACGGUGAGCCUGGGAGAUGAACCCUGUGUAGACCGUGCAGCUGCUCACCCUUAUCCCACUGAAUAAACCCUGGGGCUCAUUAAGAGCUCACUGCAGCGCAGCGCUCCAGUGGGAAACACAUUGGAGACGUUGGUUUACUGCAGAGAAUAAACUCAAGGAAACCGUGAAUGUUCACACUUCAAGAACCCUCCUCCGGUCUUCCCUGCACUCGACCGACUGCAUGGAUCUGGUUGCUAAUUAUUUUGUGUCUUGUCCUUUUUAUGGAUUAGUUUCAGAUCAGUUUACAAUCAAGGGACCACGAACACGUGCUGUUUCAUCGUCUUUUGUAUUUUAUGGUACUGUCAUGUUUUUUUUGUUUCUCAAGAAACAUUUGUUGAACUUUCACCGUCUGUUUGUCUCUCAAGCGAUUGCACUGCCUCCAUGGAUUCUGAAUGUUGCUCCUGAGUGAUGUAGCCUACUCUUUAUAA